CAUUUAGAAGGUCGCUAGUAAACAAAGUUCAGUGUAUGGUUUUCUCACCCGAGCAAGAACAACGGUGUCCUGCCGUAGGGAAUUCCCCGUGUCCCCACACUUCUAGAGUUAGUUGGCGCCCCUCUGCUGAGCUGUGGUGUGCGCACCUGCCAGGUCUACGGGGUCAUCUGUUCUUCUUUGUCGGGGAUUUUCUCCGUCUUUCCAUUCUCUAUCUUUGGGCAGGGGAAUUCGGUUUUCCGUCUCUUACUCUCGCCCGCGAUCUCUUCCACACCACCGUGCAUGCGUUCACGUUCCGUCGUCUCCUUUCCGUCCUGAAACACCGCUGUCUCGACCGCGUUUUUCCCCUCAUUUCCUGGUAGGCUUCGUGUCACUUCGUGUUCACAGCUGGUUUUGUAUGUUCUCGACGUUUUCCGCGUGCUCGCGCUCCGCCUUUCCCUCGAGGAAUCCCCCGCGCCCCCGCGCUCGGGUCCGCGCCCGUCCCCCUUUGUCUCCCGUUUCAGCGACUUCUUCUCUCCAACAUGCAGAGCCACCCUCCCGCAGGCGGCCGCGGUCGCCACAUGGUUCUCCCGGCGUGGAUGACUCAAGGCCAGAACUCCGGUCCUUCUGCGUCGCCGGUCAACGGGGCUGCGCCCGCGAUUCCUUGCCUGCCAGGUGCCGGCUGCGGCGCAAGCCCCAGGGCCUCAGGUUUCUCCCCGGCCCCCGUCUCCGCCUUGCCGGGCGGCCACGCGGUGUCAGGGACACCCCAGCCGUCGGGAUUCUCCGCAUGCACUCCUGCAGGUCCCGCGCCGGCCUCAGGCCUCUCGGGGACCAGCAGCGCAUCUGCGCCCAACGGGGCCCCCAGGGGUCUCUCGAGCCCUCCCAGGGGUUUGUCGGGUACCCCAAGGUGGAUGGCCGACGGGCUCCGCGGCCGGAGCCGCAGCGAACGGCGCUCGACCGCGGACUCGAGAGACGGCUCGGAAGCGUCCCGGAGUCGUCGAGGCAGAGACGCAGAGAAGCGGAGAAGCAGUGCCUCCUCUCGGUCCUCACCAGAUGCGCGCCGCCGAUCUCGCAGAGACAGAAGUCGCAGCAGCAGCGCAGACAGCCGCCGACACCGCCGAAGAGACAGAGACACCUCCCGCGGGCGCGGAGACAGCCGCAGAGCGAAGCGCAGGAGGUCACGAAGCGACGCGAGCCGGAGCGCCGAGAGAAGACACACCCACGCAGAGAGCAGGAGAGACGAUAGGCGAGAACGUCGGAAAACACAAAGUUAUCGACGCAACGACCAAAGUCGCAGCGAGGAGAGAAGGGAGCGCAGCCGCAGGUCGCGAAGAAGCUCCCGAUCCUCCGACUACGCUGCCACCGAUGACGCGCGCGCGAGCGCAGCCACACUCGCAGAUCGCAUAUUAGAGGUGCGUCAGAUGCCUCAGGCGAAGCGCAGCAGCCGGCGGUCAGACUUGCUCUCUCUCCUGGCGACAGAUGAGGACUUCUACGCGGAAGAUCGCUACGGAAAAGGCUAUGGAAGAAGCAGCUACGUCUCUGAAAUGAUUCUUGGAGAACCCGACUCGACCGUGCGCGUGAACAAGCGUCUGCUGUUGGAGGAAUCAGAGCGUCACUCCUUCUCCGUCGACUUCGAGGAGCACACGGGUGGCCGUGACCAAGUUGUUCUGUACGAAUGCGCCAACGGAAAGAUGGUUCGCGUCUAUUGUUUCAGAGACAGCGAGAAUCUUGUUCGGGAGAAACUUUCUUUGGAUGAGCUAAAGAAGACUCGCAUCUACGAAAAGGCGAGAAAAUAUUGCUCGAGAAAAGGAGUCCCGGCGGACGCACAGCACCACUAUUUCGACUACGUGAACAAUCCGGAAGUCUUGGGAUAGGUCGCCCAAAGCUUUUGUUAUUUUUUGCUUGGAACUUCAGUCUUCUGGUCAAUGCCUCCAGAGGCUUCUCACAGGCAGGGACGCGGGCACAGUGGGUCAAAGCAGGAAAGGUCUUUCAGAGGAUUUGUAAAACGAUAACACAAUGUAUAGAGGGGAAAUGAAGUCCCGAGAAGUGUUUAUGCCCCGUUUCCUCCUUUUCUGUGGCGGGGAGCAAGCGCCCGAGACUCUGAGACGACAAAACCGGGUCGCUUGAUUGGAGGGGUUAUCUCUCUCGCCACUCUUCCAGGUCGCCCCGUGAAAGGCAUCGAGUCUGAUGUUGAAGUCCCUCAUUCCAGGUGUUUGCCAAGUCUCAUGCGGGAAACCCGUUACAUAGAAUCAUUUCACGUGAAUUGAAUUGCUUAUUUAUGUUUGCACAUAUACUUGGAAUUGCGUAUCUCGUGCCUCCAGUCUCCUUUCGUACUUGGUCUGUUCGCCCUGCGCUGCUGUCAGCGCGCCAGCCAUCGCGUCACGCUGCGGAGACUGGGCCUGCUUUUUGAAUCGAGGUAGCCGCCCAUUUGUGUAAUGCACCAAGUGUCUCCACUCUUGAAACUCCCUUGAAGUUCAUGCCCCAGAGGGACAAGUGUGUCUUUACUCUCCGUGAAGAAAAAGCCGCGAUGAAACGUUCACCGACUCUACUCCCUUUCAUGGGAUCUGCUCAUGGUUCACAUAACACUGUCAUAAAGAUAUUGGUUAUACAAACUAUAUAUAUAUAUAUGGCGUAUUUGGGUCUCUUGAAACAGAGGAUGGGGGGACUCCAAGAGAGAGUGUGUGCCUACGGACUUUGCGUGUUUAAAUGGGAUUCUAGGCCCCAGCACAAUGCUGAUGAUCCGUACCAGUAGAUUGGUUUGUGCCUGUGUUGGCGACCACUCUACACCUGUCUGUGAAGCGUGACGGAGAGGAGAAUAAAACAGUUUGUACGCG